CUGUGGUGCCAGGAACUGGAGCGCAAAGCAAAGUGGGAAGGAGGAAACAACGACUAUCAUAUUGGAUAUAUUCCAUCGCUUAGCUAUGGCUACGAAGACAGGACAGUGAGACCGGGCGUUUUUCAGACAUGUGAGCUUCCUAGCUGCUCCUGGAAUCUCUCGUCGAAGUUUUAGCCGAAGAAGUUCACAGCGGUACGGCUAAGCCAUUAUCGUUUCCACCGGGACUGUCUUCUGCCUCUGACACAGCUCGACACUACCAAGACAGAAAACAUGGUGUCCUGGAUAAUUUCGAGAAGCGUCGUGCUGGUGUUUGGGACCCUGUAUCCUGCAUACUACUCUUACAAAGCUGUCAAGACCAAAAAUGUCAAGGAAUACGUGCGAUGGAUGAUGUACUGGAUCGUAUUUGCCCUCUACACUGUGGUGGAGACCAUCACUGACCUAACACUGGCAUGGUUUCCUCUGUACUAUGAGCUGAAGAUAGCCUUUGUGAUCUGGCUCCUCUCCCCUUACACCAGAGGAGCAAGUCUCAUUUACAGGAAGUGUCUGCAUCCUCUGCUGUCCUCCAGAGAGAGGGAAAUAGAUGAGUACAUUGUGCAGGCCAAAGAGAGGAGCUAUGAAACCAUGGUGAACUUUGGCAAACAGGGACUGAGCAUCGCUGCCACCGCUGCUGUCUCCGCAGCUGUCAAGGGCCAGGGUGCUAUCACAGAGAAGCUGCGCAGCCUGAGUAUGCAUGACCUCACACAGAUAAGCCAGCAGGACGACAGAGGAAACCAGCUGUACCAGUACAGCUCCCACUCAGCCAACCCUGCCGUCAGGAGAUCCCAGAGCACUGAUGCUGCUGACGGAGCAGAGUACUUUUAUGACCAGGAGGACAGGACGGACGAAGAGGCCGAGCCGACCUUUUCUGAAGACGAGGCUGUGAGUCAGAAAGGACUGCGACGGUCUCAGAGCGUCAAGAUCUCACGAUCCAGAGUCCGCAAAGACCAGGCUCGCUAUGGAUCCCUGAAGAUUAAAGGAAAGAAGAGACCAGCUCUGAGCUCUGUUAACUAUGGCAUGUGAAGAGACUACACAUACACACACACGCACACACACUCUUCCUGGUCUGGGGUUUGUCCCCUCACUCUGCUGAACUCGAACCAAAACAGAGAUUUCACUCUCAGAGAACUACGAUGUUUGUCUUUGAGAGGAUGAUGACGUACAUACUAUUCGUUUUUUGUUUGGUAUUUUUUUUUCUGCAUGUAUAGUCUUUAGGUAUGAUGUUAUAUAAGUGUGGUCUUUUAGAUUUUAGAUCCAUCUGUAGUCUUUCUCUCUCUUUCUCUUUUUUUUUUAAAUUUCAGUACAAGUUUCAUGAGACCACUUUUUAAUAAGGCAUCCUCUAUGGCCGGCUCAUACAUGGAAACUAGCUAGUUAUUAGCUCUUAAUAAUAAGAUAACAACUUCUGCGUUGCCAGGUUUGGAAACAUCCCUGUAGCUGCUGUUUAUCCUCCUCCAACAUGACGCGUGCUCUGUCAGUUUCACGGGGUCAGGGAACAGGACUACAGGGCAUCUGGACCAAAAUACGUUGAGCUCUCCACUUAUUCAUUAACAUGUAUAAGUGUUGAUUUUGUAGGUUGCUUGUUUCAGUUCUCGGGGGGCGGUUGUUCUACAGGGUUAGAGUCAGGGUUGAGGGGGUUUUCCAGCUACCCUGAGCCACCACUUGUCUUAUUUUACACAGAUAUGGAUUGUAAAUGACAUGGCUGAGUCUGGUCACAGACUCGUCUUAAUGUUACACUACGUUUUAAAAAAACAAAACAUUUUAAUGCUUUUAUCGUGAUUCAAUCAAUUGGAUGUGGAUGUGCCACUUACAGCAAACAGCACAUGAGGGGGAAGGACGAUGGUAGUGUAAGUGCAGUGGGUGUUGAUCAGGAUCAUGGGGCCAGGAAGUGGUUUACAAUCACACAUCCACACCGCUGCAGCUGUGUCCAUGGGAAGUCCCCCUCAGGGGCAGUCAGGGGGCCUACAGCAGUGUGACUAGGAGAUGGUUCAAGGCAAAGCCUGAGCCAGAACUAAAGGUCAAAGAGGACAGUUUACAGCCUAAUCUUAAACGUGUGUGGGGGGGGGGGGGGGGGGGGGGG